AUGUUUGCCAAUCUGGAUCUACUUGGUGAAGAUAACAAUACACCCACACCAAAAGAUAUCUCAUCCAUUCUCUCCCCACCUGGAAAUUAUCUCUCACCAGCGUCCCUAGAAAGUAGCUCAACAUCGCUUCGAGGUGAUAACGUUGACCAAAGAAUCGAUUAUCAAAAACAUUCAAUACCAGGGUCUUUUCUAAAUGAUAGAAUACAACCACUUGAUUAUUUGUACAACAAUAAUAAAACUAUGACUUCACCAGCUGAAGCGGAAAUCAAAAAGGAAACAAAAGAAAACAGUACACCGCCAAUAAUUAAGACUGAAGAUGUAUCUGCUUCAAAUGCUUCAACUAGCGAUAAAAAAGGCCAUAUCGCUAAAAGAAAGUAUUCCAGAAAUGGGUGCACCGAGUGCAAAAGAAGAAGAAUGAAAUGUGACGAAACCAAACCUAUAUGCUGGCAGUGUGCACGAUUAAACCGUGAAUGCGUUUACAUUCUAAACUCGAAGAACAAGAAAAGAAAGAACAAGGAUAAACCUGUGCCUUCUGGAAAGCAGAAGAGUUCGAGCAAGUCCUCUAGUGAAGAAAUCAAGGACUCUACCAAGGAAUCGGCCAGCAAUUCAAAUAGCGAACUGAAGUCCACUUUACCAAACACGAAUCCAGAAACUCAACCUUUUUCUCACAUCAACUCUCAUCUUCAUGAUCUUCAAAAGAUAGAGGUGCCUAACUUAGUCCCUCCUAGUAAUAUGGAUGGAUAUGACGUGAACCUCUUGAUGCAAAAUCUAAAUGAUAUGGUCAAUAUGAAACUGAAUGAUUCCUUUUUACUGAAUGAAGAUUUCCAUGAGUUUAAUUUGCCUGAUCUGAUUAUACCGGAAUUGAUGGGACCGGCCCCACUACCAAGUACCGUCCCAAUCUCUUUCUUAAUAAACGAUACCAUUAUAUUCAAUACAGACGUGACAUCGUUGAAAUUGGAUGGUAUUCAUGAUAAGUACUUGAAAGUAUUUUAUUAUGACUGUCUAGAUUCUAUAGCUCCAUUUUUCCAAGAGCAAGCCAAUCCAUUAAGAGAUAUUUUACUAUCAUUUGCGAAGAAGGAAUCGUACUUGUUAUCUGCUCUAUUAGCCAUUGGUGCUUCAAUCACAUAUAGAAGAUCUAACAACCUGGAAGAUGAAAAAAAUUACUGUGCAUAUUUAUCACAUUGUUUAAGUUUGCUUGGCGAACAAUUCCAGAACGAAUCCAAUGUUAUACAUAAAAUUGAACCAAUUAUUUUAACAGUUAUAAUGUUAGCAUGGGAUUGUAUAUAUACAAUGAAUUCACAAUGGAGAUCACAUUUAAAGGGUGUAACAGAUCUGUUCAAGAAGAUUAACGCUGGUAAAUCAUCAAAAGUAAUUAACGUUGCCAAAUGUUGGUUCAAAGUUAUGGAAACAUUCGCCAGUGUUAGUACUGUGCUCGGAGGUUCAAUAAUGGAUGACAAUGAUUUAGACGUGAUUUUUGACCCAUAUGAUUAUCAAUAUGUGGAUUCUUUAAAAUAUUUGAAUAUCAUGACUCCAUUAAAUGAAUUCAACUUAUUACGUGGACAUAAGGAAGAUUUUGAUUUAGUCAUUAAAGAAGUUAUCAAAGGUCUUAACUCCAUUAGACGCUCGGAGAAAAAUGACAUACCAAAAGAUGAUGGAGUACUCAACAAAAAUCAAGAUUAUCUUAUAUGGUCCGCUCAACCUAAUACACCACAUGAUAAGGAAAAAGGAAGCCUUUCCUAUUUUGAAAUUCAAAAGAUUCUGGUCGAUAUUGAUAAACAAUUGGAAUAUGAAUUUAUUGAUAAAUCUGGUAUAAUUCCCCCACAUAGCCAAUCUCAUCCUGAUAAUAGCCACAUAGAAGAUUACGCAAUCAAUUUGGUGACUCUAAGAAAUGGGAAGACUAUUGCUAUCAGUUGGUAUGAUAUUUCUCAUCAAACACAAGUCCUUUCAUUCUUACUUAUUGUACUUUUGAAGCUUUUGGGGAUACCAAAAGAAUCUCCAAUAGUACAGCAAGUAGUUAAAAGACUUUUAUCAUUUUUCAGCUUUUUAGAUAGUGAAGCACCUCCACAUAAUUCGAGAACAUGUUAUUGUAAUUUUGCUGUCUUAAUUGCCGGUCUUAACGCUAUAGAUGAAGAGACGAGAGAUGUUGUUAGGAAAUAUUAUGAUCUGAACGGUAAAAAAUUCCAAAGGUUAACGGAACAUAAUUUAAAUAGAUUAGAGAAAGUAUGGUAUAGCAAAGAGGGAACUUAUAAGAUGGUGGAUCAGGAUGUACUGACCUGGUAA